CGGGAGUCGAUCCUCCAAAACGUUCAAGCCCAAGAAGAACAUCCCCGAGGGCUCCCACCAGUACGAGCUGCUGAAGCACGCCGAGGCCACGCUGGGCAGCGGCAACCUGCGGCAGGCGGGGAUGCUGCCCGAGGGGGAGGACCUCCACGAGUGGAUUGCUGUCAACACUGUGGAUUUCUUCAACCAGAUCAACAUGCUCUACGGCACCAUCACGGAGUUCUGCACGGAGAGCAGCUGCCCAGUCAUGUCUGCAGGGCCCAGGUGA